AUGAAACUUUCAAGGCUGGAAUGCACGAGGAUGGAUACAUGUAACGUCAACAUAGAAACACUUGAGAUUGAAAAGGUUAAAAACUGUUUGCGAAGGCAGAAAGAAAGACCAAAUAUUGGUUUUGUUAGACGGUUUUAUGUUGAUGGUACAUCAACUAAAAAUAUUCAUACUUUUAUGAGAAAUAAUGCAAGAAAUCUGUUCUCCUCGACACAAGGGCAAACAGAACUUUUCCAUUAG